ACUAGACAUCGUACAGGCAGUCGUGUGCGAAUCUUCGGCAAACCUGCAAGUCUGAGAGUAUCGUCUAACCCGCUGACUACGUUAUCCACUCGAACGAUGGAUUCUAGAGAAAUUUUAUACAGUUAAAGUAUGCUCUACGCCGAAAAGAAAAGAACAAACACAUGUUAUACUCGCAGUUUACUACCCAUGCAAAGAGCGCGCACGGUAGAACAUCACCCCAUGACACACAGGAAGGGGAGGGGAUCGGACGAGCAGAAUGAUAUCACCGCAUCCAACACUGUUUAGGUUAUUGGUAGCAAUAAACAUCUGCCUUGUGGUAACGGUGGUGGCCAACAGCGACUUGGAGCCGGGUCUGCUUGCUGUUCCGGUGCUGGUGAAUGAGAAUACGCUCGAUGACUUCAGUGCGCACGGGCACGAGCUGACGCAGUCGCAAAACUUUCAACGGCAGGAUGCGUUGGUGAAAGCGUGCGCCCAAAUGAGGGACCUGCAGGAGUACAAAUCGCUGGAUGAGCUGAACACGUUCCAGCUGAGUCAUCUGCUGGUGGACGAAAAGCAUAAGUUUCUGUACUGCUAUGUUCCGAAGGUUGCCUGUACCAACUGGAAACGUAUCCUCAUGAUCAUGACCGGUAAAUGGAACGGUACAGAUCCAUUGCAGAUACCUGCCGACAGUGCACACUCGAACGGGAUGUUCCAGACGAUGGAUUCCUUGGGACCUGAAGAACAACGAAAUGUCCUAACGGAAUACAAUCGGUUCAUUUUGGUUCGACAUCCAUUCGAGAGAUUGCUAUCUGCCUUCCGCAACAAACUUGAGGGGAACUCCAAAAGUGCAAAGUAUUUCCAGUCACGGGUGGGCAAAACCAUCAUCAGAUCAUUCCGUCCGAACGCUUCAAACGCAUCGCUUGAGUUUGGUCACGAUGUAACCUUUUUGGAGUUUAUUCAGUAUCUGCUGACGCCGGAGUUGAGCCGCAACUCGAACCUGUCCUUCAACGAGCACUGGGAACCCGCAGCGAAACUGUGUCAUCCUUGUCUGCUGCAGUACAAUAUCAUCGGAAAGUACGAAACGCUGGUAGACGAUUCGACCCUUGCUCUACAUUUAACUGGAAUGAGUGGGAUUAACUUUCCAAUCGUCUACAAAACAUCCGGUACAAGCGAACGGUUACGAAAGUAUUUCAGUGACAUUCCACUACCAAUUAUUAAAAAUUUAUACAAACUCUACGAAGACGAUUUUCGUUUAUUUGACUACGGAUUGGACGAUAUUUUAGGUUUCGAACUAGGAUAACGUCCAACAACACCAACAUUUCACUUCCUAGCAAAUUUCAACAAAGAUGUAACAAUCAACCAAGAAAAUGUAAUGCUAGUGCAAACUACUUAGUAGAGACAAAGAUUAAUGGUACAAGGUACCGGGUUGCGUCAGUUCCAAUGAACUAGAAGACUUACUCUAUUCAGAUUUUACAAUCAGUUUUAAACAAUGAAAGCAAAGCCUUAAUGACAAUAUUAGACAUAAAAUAGUUGAUGUAGAAUAUUUAUUUAUGUAUGCAUAACUACGUUUUCGAGUAGCUCACACAUUGGUGAAUGUGGCACCAAAUUAACAUACUCAAAUUGUACAAUUACGUAAUGCUAACAUAUAAAUCUGACCGUACAUGAUUUUAGGAAAUGAUUCGUUUUUUUAUAUUGAUACGUACUUAUCAAAAUUGUUAAAGAUAACUCUGUGAUGACAACUAACCUGAGCAAUAAAUAUAGACAGCUUAACGCUAUGUUUUGAGUUAUGAUGGUAGA